AUGCUGCCUGAGGAGAGGGAGGUUCCUCUGGUAAAAGGAAGAUGUCUCACCCUAACUCUUCCCUCUCCCCUAGACCCUGCUUGGUUCCACCCUGAGCAGGAACCAUCUGUUUGUGUCCUCCUGGGCGCACUGGUUCAGGCCAACCACAUGGACGAGGCCAAGUUCAUCCGUACUUAUAACGACUUUGUGGACUACCUGAGUGACCCCUCCAAGCGGAAUGACAUUGAGAGGGAGCUGGCUGAGGCAAAGAUCCAUCAUGUGAACAUGAUAAAUGUCCUCUUUGAACUGGUGCUGUUUGGGAUGAUGACAGCUCAGAAGUCCCUGAUGGUCCACGCCGGUGGGUUUGUGGAGCAUCUGUACGCUCUCCUGUACUCCUUCCUGCCCACUGCUGCCAACAUGGAGCCAGAGGCUGACAGAUACCUGCUGCUGCUCAAUGAUUCUUGUGACACUUUGCCACCCAAGAGGGAUCUAGACACCAAUGCACUACAUUACUUUGCACUGAAUUUGAAAUGUUUAAAUAGUCUGUCAUGGAAAGAGCAGGUGUCCUCAAUGUUUUGUAUUAUCAGUGUGUGUAGUAACCUGGUACAGUAUAACGUUUACCACUAGAGGGGGUAAUUGCUUCAGUCUUGAAUGUUACUUCUCACUAUCCCUACUCUACAUUAACAGUCGGCAAUUGUAGACUCCGGUAACUUGGGUAUCUUAGUUUUUUAAAUUUGCCAUUAAUGUCUGAACCAUUUACCAUCUUUCCCACUGAAACCAGUAAUGUUAGCGUUCAUGUGAGAGAGGGUGUAGUAGUUCAUACUGACCACUAGUUGGAUCCACUAAUUGUGGACGACAUCCUUGUCUAUAGUCGAAGCAAAGAGGAGCACGACCGAAACCUCCGCGCGAUGCUGCAAAGGUCCCGCGAGAGAGGAGUCCGGCUCAACCCGAGAAGAGCACAGUCGGCGCUACAGAGGUCAGCUACUUCGGACAUCUUCUCACAGCGACUGGAAUCAAGCCAGAUCCACAGAAGAUCUCAACCAUAAAAGAAAUGGAGCCACCAAAGAACCGUGCAGAGCUGGAAACAGUGCUUGGCAUGGUCAACUACUUAGCCAAGUUCGCACCCAGCCUCUCCAAUGCUAAUGCACCCCUGCAUCAACUGCUAAAGCAGUCCAGUGAGUUUCUCUGGGACAAGCAACACGACAUUGCUUUCCAGAAAUGUGAAAGACUUGAUCACGAGAGAACCAGGAACAAUCCUUGCCUACUACGACCCCGACAAAGAGCUCAGACUCCAAGUAGACGCAUCGAAGUAUGGACUAGGUGCAGUGCUACUGCAAGAAGGAAAGCCCAUCGGCUACGCUUCCAAAUCUCUCACAGAUUGUGAAAUCAACUACGCUCAAAUUGAAAAGGAGCUCUAUGCCAUUCUGUUCGGAUGUAAACGUUUCCAUCAGUACGUAUAUGGACGACAAGUCAUUGUGGAAUCCGAUAUGUCUUGAACGACGCCCCUCAAACACCAAAGAGCCAAUGUUACCUCACUGUAUCCCAGACCGACCCUGGAAGGUCGUGGCAACCGAUCUGUUCACCUGGAACAACGAGAACUACAUCGUAACAGUUGACUACUACAGCAGAUACUUCGAACUCGACAAGCUUCACAGCACCACAUCUGCAGCUGUGAUACACAAGCUGAAAGCAGCCUUUGCCAGGCAUGGAAUUGUAGAGACUUUAAUAUCUGACAAUGGGCCCUGUUACAAAUCAAAAGAGUUUGAAUCCUUCACAAAAGCAUGGGAGUUUACGCGUCACCACAAGCCCACAUUACCCUCAAAGUAAUGGCCUUGCUGAAAAAUCAGUGCAGAUUGCUAAAUCACUCAUGGAUAAAGCAGACAAGAGAGACCCCUACCUCAGCCUCCUUGAAUACCGCAACACUCCAGAUGACAACUUAAAAUCACCAGCCCAGCUGUUGAUGAGCCGCAGACUUCGCUCAAUCCUUCCCAGCACCAACCAGCAGCUACAACCUGAGGUCGUCAGCUACAAGGAAAUGCAUGAAAAACGUGCACAGAGACAACAACAACAAAAGCGAUACUACGACAGGUCAGCUAGACCACUGCCACCACUGAUCGACGGAGAGUCAGUUUGAAUCCAGGAGCAUGGCCUCUGGAAGCCAGCAGUCGUCAUCCAGCCAGCUGACACUGAACGUUCAUAGCACGUCCUCACCGCAGAAGGAGCAGUGUACCGCCGCAAUCGUCGUCACCUACUGAACACAAAAGAACAACACACUGAUGAGAUGAACUGUUCCCCUGAAAGAGAACGUGAUGGACUAAACACACACAUCACAACAUACACCAUACUUACCUGCAACACCACAAGAGCUGUUGACUGACACAGAAGCAUGCUCAGCAUCAUAUCGCACAAGGUCAGGAAGAGAGGUCAAGCCCAGAGCUGUCCUAGAACUGUGAAAUGUCAAAGGGUGUAGGCGGAUCGCUGCCCUAAAAGAGUUCCACACUGUAAACUUGUUAUUGAAAGUUCACUUGAAAUGCUUUGGUAUUGUAUUUGUUUGAAAUGUUAAGAUGUAUUUCUACUGUGAAAGCUGAGUUGCUGAGAAUCCCUUGUUCGAAAAGUAACAGUAUGUUGGACCAUUGUUUCAGAGUCUAUGUUGAUUCAGUUGGUGUAGUAUAAAAUAUAAAUGGUUACUUACCUUGAGUUCAAACUGCAGAGCAUGUUUUCAAAAGAAACGCUUAGAAUAUGUAAACAUUUUUCUUUUGUUUUAAAAGAAGGGGGAUGUAAUAUUCAUAUGUGUAAACAUACUGAGUAAUAAUUGGAUGCAUUUUACCGCCAUAUCAUACUGUGCUAUGAUUGGUUAAGACCACCCAAAUGGUUAGGUCAUGGUCAGUUUGAUCCUGGUUGGCGAUACGUGAACAUGCCAGUUAUAGCUAGCUAAUAAAGAGCUAUGUUAAGAAACAUCCUGUAGUACUGCAUUUUAUUAUUUUGUACAAAGUGUGCAAAACAAGACAGUGCAGACGAGGAAUGCAGUGUGCUCCUGUGCCGGGGCAAAGCUUUCAGCGAUUUCACCGGACCAGACUGUCGGUUUCUGUCAUUUAAAAAAGGAGAGACUAUAUAUGUCU